GCCGGCGAGCGGAGGGGGCCUGUCCCGGAGGUGGCGGCGGCGCCAUCUUGGCGAAGGGGGGAUCAGGAAGUGCGGACCGCGACGGCGGCGGAGCCCGGAGCGGAGGCCGGAGGCUCCCGGCUCGCCGGCCCCGGAGCGGAGCGGAGCGGAGGAUGCAGCAGCCGCAGCCGCAGGGGCAGCAGCAGCCGGGGCCGGGGCAGCAGCUGGGGAUCCAGGGGGCGGCGCCGGGAGCCGGGGGCGGCCCGGGAGGGGGCCCGGGGCCGGGGCCCUGCCUGAGGCGGGAGCUGAAGCUGCUCGAGUCCAUCUUCCACCGCGGCCACGAGCGCUUCCGCAUUGCCAGCGCCUGCCUGGACGAGCUGAGCUGCGAGUUCCUGCUGGCCGGAUCCGGAGGGGCCGGGGCCGGGACUGCGCCUGGACCCCAUCUCCCCUCACGGGGGUCGGUGCCGGGGGACCCCGUCCGCAUCCACUGCAACAUCACGGAAUCAUACCCUGCUGUGCCCCCCAUCUGGUCGGUGGAGUCUGAUGACCCUAACUUGGCUGCUGUGUUGGAGAGGCUGGUGGACAUAAAGAAAGGGAAUACUUUGCUCUUGCAGCAUCUGAAGAGGAUCAUCUCUGACCUGUGUAAACUCUACAACCUCCCGCAGCAUCCAGAUGUGGAAAUGCUGGAUCAGCCCUUGCCAGCAGAGCAGUGCACGCAAGAAGAAGUGUCUUCAGAAGAUGAAGAUGAGGAGAUGCCUGAGGAUACAGAAGACCUAGAUCAUUAUGAAAUGAAAGAGGAGGAGCCACCAGAGGGCAAGAAAUCUGAAGAUGAUGGCAUCGGAAAAGAAAACCUGGCCAUCCUAGAGAAAAUUAAAAAGAACCAGAGGCAAGAUUACUUAAAUGGUGCAGUGUCUGGCUCGGUGCAGGCCACUGACCGGCUGAUGAAGGAGCUCAGGGAUAUAUACCGAUCACAGAGUUUCAAAGGCGGAAACUAUGCAGUCGAACUCGUGAAUGACAGUCUCUAUGACUGGAAUGUCAAACUCCUCAAAGUUGACCAGGACAGCGCUUUGCACAAUGAUCUUCAGAUCCUAAAGGAGAAGGAAGGGGCAGACUUCAUCCUACUUAACUUCUCCUUUAAAGAUAACUUCCCCUUUGACCCACCGUUCGUCAGGGUUGUGUCUCCAGUCCUCUCUGGAGGGUAUGUUCUGGGUGGAGGUGCCAUCUGCAUGGAACUUCUCACCAAGCAAGGCUGGAGCAGUGCCUACUCCAUAGAGUCCGUGAUCAUGCAGAUCAGCGCCACGCUGGUGAAGGGAAAGGCACGGGUGCAGUUUGGAGCCAACAAAUCCCAGUACAGUCUGACAAGAGCACAGCAGUCCUACAAGUCCUUGGUGCAGAUCCAUGAAAAAAACGGCUGGUACACACCUCCGAAGGAAGAUGGCUAACCCUGGAGAGUCGUCCCCUCUCUCCUCCCUAGGCACCACUGGACCAAUUACCUUUGAAUGCUGUAUUUGGAUCUCACGCUGCCUUUGGUUCCCUCCCUCAUUUUUCCUGGACGUGAUAGCUCUGCCUAUUGCAGGACAAUGAUGGCUAUUCUAAACGCUAAGGAAAAACAACAACAAACAACACACACUGAACUGUCUCAAGUACUCAAGACUGACUACAGACCAACCACCUUGCUGGAACCCUUGCUAGCAGGCAUUCUUAUAAAGAAACUCAAGCCUCCUUAUAUUGCUGGAAACUCAGCUGUGCUCCAGACUAGAGCCUCCUUACCUAUGCUAUGGGUUUUUAAUUUAUUUUCUCUUAUUUCAUGUACACUGCUUUUUUUGGUUACAGUGUAUGAUGGAUGUGUAUGAAAAAAAAAUGUAUCUUUGGGAAAACAAUUACAGUUUGUUAAUUUGAA